AUGGCAACUAUAAGAGCUGCGCAGCGGUAUGGCGCGAUUAUUAUUGGUGGCGGACAUAACGGCUUAGUAGCAGCAAACUACCUCGCUAAAGCUGGCAUCAAAGUUUUACUGCUUGAGCGUAGAAAUAUAAUAGGCGGCUGUGCAGUUACCGAAGAAAUUAUCCCAGGCUUCAAAUUUAGCAGAGCAUCCUACGUUUACAGUCUUUUCCGCCCUCAAAUCAUUUCUGACCUAAACCUGCAUAAGCACGGCCUUGAGCUCCUACCAAGAGUUCCUUCCUCUUUUACCCCAACUCCUCAGAAAAACGGCAACUAUUUACUACUAGGAGCCGGUGAAGAAGCCGACAUCGCAGAAAUUGCUAAAUUCAGCCAAAAAGACGCAGAGGCAUAUCCCAAAUAUAACGUCCUCAUGGAAAAAUACAGUGCAGCCAUAAGACCUUUAUUAGAUCGGGCUCCUCCUGAUCUCGGUUUAUUUUUCACUAAAAAUUCCUCAUUCAAAAAGCGAAAAGACAAUUUUUCCGAUUUAAUUGCAUUUGCCUGGCAUCUUACGAAGCUUGGAAAAGACUUGCCUGGGUUUAUAGAACUAGUAACAGGCCCAGCGAAUAAGUUUUUGGACCGAUGGUUUGAAUCGCCGAUCUUAAAAGCGACUUUAGGGACUGAUGCAAUUAUUGGGGCUAUGCUUUCUCCAUCAAGCCCUUAUAGUGCUUAUGUAUUGCUGCAUCAUGUAAUGUGUGGGGUCUGGUGCAAUGUAAAAGGAGGAAUGGGAGGUAUAAGUCAAGCAUUGGAAAAAGCAGCAUAUGAAAAUGGGGUCGAAAUCAGAACAGAGGCUCCUGUAAGGAAAAUUUUAACGGAUAACACAAAUCAGCCAGUUGCAUACGGGGUGGAGCUGGAAAAUGGAGAAAAACUGUUUUCUAAUGUAAUUUUAAGCAAUGCGGCGCCUUUUAUCACUUUUUCUAAACUUUUAGAUACAGAAACAAAGAAAAAGCUUCCUAAUGACUUUAUGGCAGCGAUCAGCACGAUAAACCACACUUCAUCAAGCUGCAAAAUAAACGUCGCAAUUGAUAAGCUGCCGAAUUUCUUAUGUGCUCCACAUACUGAUGAAAUCAAAGGAGGCCCUCAUCAUAGAGGAACAAUUCAUUUUGAGACUUCGCCAUCACAGAUUGAAGACGCUUAUCAAGACGGAGUCACUGGAAUCCCUAGCAGGCGGCCUGUGAUUGAGCUAACCCUCCCGUCAGUUGUAGAUCCUACUAUAGCACCCAAAGGAAAACAUGUCGCUUUAAUGUUUGUUCAAUAUGUGCCUUAUGCAUUAAAAAAUAAUCAGCCUUGGACACAGGUACUGAAAGAAGAAUUUGCUGAUAGAGUUUUUUCAGUCAUUGAAGAAUAUGCGCCUGGGUUUAAAAAGAGCAUCAUAGGGAAGCCUGAUAUUUUGACUCCUGUGGAUUUGGAAGAAAUUUAUGCUAUACCUGGGGGAAAUAUAUUCCAUGGGUCUAUGUCUUUGGAUCAGCUGUUCUUUUCAAGGCCUGUUCCUGGAUGGGCGAGAUAUGAAACUCCUGUAGGGAAUCUGUUUAAUUGUGGAGCUGGAGCGCAUCCUGGAGGAGGAGUUAUGGGAGCGGUGGGGAGGAAUUGUGCUCAAAUGGUGUUAAAACAAAUAAAAUAG